CUCUCCCAAAUAUACUACUAAAUCCUGUAAGGCCAGCCAUGGGGUUUUCACCACCGUCGCUCUCUUUCAUUCUGUUUCUCUUCCAUUUCCUUUCAACAAUAUCAUCAUCUCAUUUCUGUGCUCCUGAUCAAAGUCUUUCUUUGCUCCAAUUCAAAGAAUCAUUUUCCAUUAGUAGUUCUGCUUCGGAGCUUUGCCACCAUCCCAAGACAGAGUCAUGGAAAGAGGGUACAGACUGCUGCUUGUGGGAUGGGGUUACUUGUGACCUGGAAACCGGGCAUGUCACUGGACUGGACCUCUCUUGCAGCAUGCUUUAUGGCACCCUCCAUUCCAAUAGCACCCUCUUCUCUCUCCAUCAUCUUCAAAAGCUUGACCUUUCUGACAAUGAUUUCAAUAGCUCCCAUAUUUCUUCUCGAUUUGGCCAGUUCUCCAAUCUGACACUUCUUAACCUAAAUUACUUAGACUUUGCAGGACAAGUUCCGUCGGAAAUCUCUCAUCUCUCCAAAUUGGUUUCCCUUGAUCUCUCUAGAAACUACGAUCUAAGUCUACAACCAAUUUGUUUUGACAAGCUUGUUCAAAACCUAACCAAGCUUAGACAACUCGAUUUGGGCAGUGUAAAUAUGUCUUUGGUUGAACCUAAUUCCUUGACGAAUUUGUCCUCUUCUUUGUCAUCUCUUUCCCUUGGGGAUUGUGGAUUGCAGGGGAAAUUCCCAGGUAACAUCUUUCUCCUCCCAAACCUUGAAUCACUUGAUCUGAUAUUCAAUGACGGCCUCACUGGCUCUUUUCCUUCGUCCAAUUUGAGUAACGUCCUCUCGCGGUUGGAUCUUUCUAAUACAAGAAUUUCAGUUUAUUUAGAAAACGACUUAAUCAGUAAUCUAAAGUUAUUAGAAUAUAUGUCUCUUAGUGAAAGUAACAUUAUAAGGUCAGAUCUAGCCCUGCUUGGUAAUCUCACACGGCUUACCUAUUUAGACCUCUCAGGUAACAAUUUUGGCGGUGAGAUCCCAUCAUCACUUGGAAACCUUGUACAGCUUCGUUCCUUGUAUCUCUAUUCCAAUAAAUUUGUGGGUCAAGUUCCAGAUUCUUGGGGUAGUCUAAUCCAUCUUUUAGAUUUAGAUUUAUCUGAUAAUCCGCUAGUAGGCCCUGUCCAUUCUCAAAUAAAUACCCUUUCAAAUCUAAAGAGUCUAGCUUUAUCUGAUAACUUGUUCAAUGUAACAAUACCAUCCUUUUUAUAUGCUCUUCCUUCUUUAUAUUAUCUUGACCUUCAUAACAAUAAUCUCAUAGGUAAUAUAAGUGAAUUCCAACACAAUUCAUUGACUUACCUUGAUUUGAGCAAUAACCACUUGCAUGGUACAAUCCCAAGUUCGAUUUUUAAACAAGAGAACUUGGAAGCCCUCAUUCUUGCGUCCAAUAGUAAAUUGACAGGUGAGAUUUCUUCUUCUAUUUGCAAGCUGAGAUUCCUUCAAGUCUUGGACUUGUCCAACAACAGCUUGAGUGGUUCUACGCCACCAUGUUUGGGGAACUUCAGCAACAUCCUCUCAGUAUUGCAUCUAGGCAUGAACAAUCUUCAAGGCGCUAUCCCUUCAACAUUUUCAAAGGAUAAUAGCUUGGAAUAUCUCAACCUCAAUGGAAAUGAAUUACAAGGGAAAAUAUCAUCGUCUAUCAUCAACUGCACAAUGUUGGAAGUUCUUGAUCUUGGCAACAAUAAGAUUGAGGAUACAUUUCCCUAUUUUCUAGAAACGCUUCCACAUCUGCAAAUUCUAAUUCUAAAAUCCAAUAAACUCCAAGGUUUUGUGAAGGGUCGGACUACAUAUAAUUCCUUCUCUGAAUUACAGAUUUUUGACAUCUCUGACAAUGAUUUUAGGGGGCCAUUGCCAACAGGGUUUUUAAAUUGUCUUGAAGCAAUGAUGGCCUCAGAUCAAAACAUGAUUUACAUGAAUGCAACAAAUUACUCUCGUUAUGUCUAUUCCAUAGAAAUGACAUGGAAAGGUGUGGAAAUUGAGUUUCCGAAGAUACAAAGUACCAUCAGAGUACUCGAUUUGUCAAAUAACAAUUUCACCGAAGAGAUUCCAAAGGUGAUCGGAAAGCUUAAAGCACUCCAACAACUCAAUCUCUCUCAUAAUUCCCUUGCAGGUUAUAUCCAAUCAUCAUUAGGAAUCUUGACCAAUUUGGAAUCAUUAGAUCUAUCUUCAAAUUUGCUUACCGGAAGGAUUCCAAUGCAACUGGGGGUUCUUACAUUUCUUGCAAUCUUAAACCUUUCACAUAACCAACUCGAGGGACCCAUACCAAGUGGAAAGCAAUUCAACACCUUUAAUGCAAGCUCAUUUGAAGGAAACUUGGGUUUAUGUGGAUUUCAAGUACUGAAAGAAUGCUACGGUGAUGAGGCACCAUCAUUGCCGCCAUCAAGCUUUGAUGAAGGAGAUGAUUCAACAUUGGUUGGAGAUGGAUUUGGAUGGAAAGCUGUGACAAUUGGGUAUGGAUGCGGGUUUGUGUUUGGAGUUGCAUCGGGAUACGUUGUGUUUAGAACAAAAAAACCUUCAUGGUUUUUUAGGAUGGUUGAAGAUAAAUGGAAUCUCAAGAGCAAAAAAACAAAGAAGAAUGUUGGCAGAUAUGGUGCUAGAGGAAACUAAAUAAUUAAAUUGAUAUUUUCAAUACAAACAAGAUAUCGAGUGGAUUUGACAUUGAAACAACACCAGGGUGGCAGAUUCAUGGUAUUAGAUUCCCUUUACUUUUUUUCUUUUCUUUUCUUUUUUUACUUUCAAGGUUAAUUGGGUGUUACAUCUAUGAAAAAUAAUCCAUGUAUGUAAUAGGAAUUAAAAUAGUAGAGAAUUAAAACAAUCCCCAUAAAUUUAAAAGAACAACACUUGACUGACAGAUUCUGCAAUUCUAAGUCGCCUAAAAACAACAUAUUCUACUUAGAACAUUUCAGAAUAGGAAAAACAUUAAAAUAAUUUAAAAUACAAUUUCUCUUGGCCUGAUAUUAAGAAAAAACAGAUGAAUAUCCGACUGAAGAUUCAAGAUUUGAGAUACUACAAGUUUAGAGAGCUCAUUAGUUGUGGCUUGAACCUGAUAAUCAUCUGACUGCCUUGGCCACCCAGGUGAAUGUCAGCUUGACCUACUGUACUCAUUUCAGCAACCCUAAUCUUAGUUGGUGUGCCAUGAACUCUCUGCAAGUCUGACUGGGACAAUGGCCUUGGUGCCUGAGAAAGAAUCACAAUGAAGAAACUCAAAAAAGGGUUAAAAAAUCCACAGCAAGCUCAGACAAUGGAAAGAUAAAAUCCUCAAGAUAAUAUUUUUGACACCAAUAGCUAUCCCUUGUAGUCCAUAACAACACUUUGUUUAAUUUCUUCUAGUUCUCAUGAGGAACCAUACUAUCUUCUAUCCAUUGCAAUAGAAGUCAUUGGUUUUGGAUAGAGCACAACAGGCAACAAUUACCAAAACUUUUCCAUGACACCCUCAGGCAUGCAUGGAAUUUCUAUGGAAAUAUUACAAAUCAAUAAAAAUACAUUGAAGAAUUAGCUGAGAUUAUAACAAAUCACAGAUGAGAACUAUUUUGUUCAAUAUACUAUAAAAUAACUGACGGAAGCAUGCAACAACACGAUGAUAAAUAUAUACAUACACUAGAUUUUUCCCCUUGUUCUCCUCAUCCAAUAGGUCCCUAAUAGGAAAAU